AUGAAGCUUCUUGUGACCUUGGCUCGCUUGACUCUGCUCUUCCAUGCCUGCGUGCCCGCAGCCUCUCCAUCCUCAGCGCUCAUCGUACAAUCUCCCCAUGUCAAGGUCCCAUCUACAGGUCAGGCAGGUCAUAGCAUCAACGACAGUACCAGCCCGAGCUCGUGGAGCGAGCAAAGCAAGUGGUCUGAGGCGAGCAGCGAGCUACUGCCUGCUGCCUAUGACUCUUUCUCGAACCCUCUGAUUCAAUCUCGAGGUCCAACACAGACAUCCAGUGAGGAGGAAUCAGAGGCGACGGCUGUAUCCAUUAGUAUGCUCACUUCAAGUGUGCUGGUUUGCAAUGUGAGGAGACUGACGGGUCAGGACGAGGCCAGCAAGCUCCUCGCUUGGAUCGACAUGCAAGUGCAGGAGGUGGUGAGGCGGGUAGCCAUGCCUCCUGCAAAAGCGAGGAGGCAGCAGAUGUUUGUUGCUAACUUGACAAGAGCUGUCAAGUGCAUCUUAGGUGCAGAUGCCGAGCUAAGGGCGUAUGGAUCUGCUGCUGCUGGCUUUGGAUCUGUCGACUCGGACUUGGACCUGCAGCUGUCGUUGAGCAGCAAGAGGAAGCAGCUGAGGACCCCGAUGGCUGUGCGAGGCACGUAUCUUCCUCGCGUGUUAGUUCGCAUGCAAGGUAAGAAAACUGUCAUGAUGCGGCGGAGAGAAAACAUUCGUAUGCUCAAGGUCCUUUCACAUGCGCUCCGUUCUCGCUUUGGAUUGAAGGCUGUCGCGAUCUUACGGGCCCGCGUGCCCCUCGUGACGGUUCAGUCCGAAGACGCGACACUUUCAUUUGACAUCAGCGUGCACGAGGAAGAGAACUUCGGGAGGUUUGCCGUGAACUUCCUUGAGGUGAUGAGGAGGGUCGACGAGAGAGUGAAGGAGGUAGUUCUCGCCGUGAAAACAUGGAGCAAGAGGAGAGAGAUCAAUGAAGCCUUCCGAGGAACUCUCAACUCCUUCUCUCUCAUCAUCAUGGUUCUCUUCGUGCUGCAGAGACUCGAUCCUCCUAUCCUUCCCAACCUUUUCCUUCCAGUGCUCCCCUUGCGCGGAGCGGCAGCAGAGCGUGCGAGGAAGGCGAGGAGGAGAGAAGAAGUAGUCUAUGACGUCCUGAAGCCGAUUGCAACCAUCAGAGGGGUCGACGGCCAACCGAAGAUGGCUGGAGAGAUUCUUCUCCGCUUCUUCGCCUUCUUCGCCUUGGAGUUCAACUGGUCGCAGGAGUGCCUCUCUAUCCGUGAAGGAAGGACUCGCAAGGUACAAGAGACGGCUUUCCCCUCGUCCGAGCGCUUUCAUGUCUUCAUCGAAGACUUCCUGGACGAGUCCAACAACGUGGCGAGAUGUGUUGAUCAAGCUGGACGUCAAAGGAUCGAGGAUGAAUUUCGAAGAGCGUAUGACACUCUCUGCGCUAAAGGAGAUUUCGAGGCUCUUCUGCAAAGUCCUUUGUGA